CAACAUUCACGACUGUAAAUCAUCAAAAUAAUCAAAAAUAAAAUGUUGAAAAUAUCGAAAUUGCUUAAAAAUGGUCUCCAAAUCGCAAAAAGUCCUUCAGUUGCACGACAAAGUCAAAGUUGCGUCGUAUUAAUAACACGAAAGUACUCAAAAGAUAACAAAUUCAGUAUCAAAGAUGAAAAAUUCGAAGGACGUCCUUUGUAUUUGGAUGCACAAGCGACAACGCCCAUGGAUCCGCGCGUUUUAGACGCAAUGUUGCCCUAUCUCACGAGUUAUUACGGCAAUCCGCAUUCCCGAACACACGCCUAUGGCUGGGAAUCCGAACAAGCGAUGGAAAAAGCAAGAUCACAAGUGGCCGGCAUCAUUGGCGCCGAUCCAAAAGAAAUUAUUUUCACGUCAGGUGCCACGGAAUCAAACAAUAUUUCGGUUAAAGGUGUUGCUAGGUUCUACAAAGAGAAGAAAAAUCACGUUAUCACGCUGCAAACGGAGCAUAAAUGUGUUUUGGAUUCAUGUCGAGCUCUGGAAGGCGAGGGAUUUGACGUUACUUACUUGCCAGUGAAGCAAAAUGGAAUUGUCGACUUGAACGAAUUGGAGAAAGCGAUCACCCCGAAGACGUCUUUGGUCUCUGUGAUGGCUGUCAACAACGAAAUUGGCGUAAAACAACCACUUUCGGACAUUGGGAAGAUGUGUCGUGCUAAAAAGGUGUUUUUUCAUACAGAUGCCGCUCAAGCAGUCGGAAAAAUUCCUUUGAACGUGAAUGAGAUGAAUAUCGAUUUAAUGUCGAUUUCCGGGCAUAAAAUUUAUGGACCCAAAGGUGUGGGGGCACUUUUUGUUCGUCGUCGCCCCCGCGUUCGUGUCGAAGCAAUUCAAAGUGGCGGCGGACAAGAACGCGGAAUUCGUUCGGGAACUGUUCCCACACCCCUUGUCGUUGGUUUAGGUGCCGCUUGUGAAAUUGCGCAGCAAGAAAUGGCUUACGAUCAUGCCUGGAUGGAAUUUUUAUCGAAAAGACUCAUUGAUAAAAUCAUGACAGCCCUUCCGCAGGUCAUUCGGAACGGAGAUCCCGAACAAUCGUAUCCGGGUUGCGUGAAUUUGUCGUUUGCCUUUGUCGAGGGAGAGUCGUUGUUGAUGGCAUUGAAGGAUAUUGCCUUAAGUAGUGGUUCAGCAUGCACCUCAGCAUCGUUAGAACCGUCUUACGUACUUCGGGCUAUCGGAACAGAAGAAGAUCUCGCACAUAGUUCCAUCCGUUUCGGGCUCGGACGAUUCACGACAGUCGAAGAAGUGGAUUAUACGGCAGAGAAAUGCAUCAAACAUGUGCAAAGACUGAGAGAAAUGUCACCGUUGUGGGAGAUGGUGCAAGAGGGCAUCGAUCUGAAAUCCAUAAAAUGGUCUCAACAUUAAAUUUUUUGUUACGUAGUAUGUAUACGAGGGGCUUUGAAUAAAAAAAUAAUUUUUUUUUGACAAAAA